AUGGAUUCUAUGUUCCCACUGCAAGUGAGCUGCCUACAUAACCUUUCGAGUGAUCUGGAUGUCCAGCUGAAAACGAACGUUUCACGAUCGAUUCCAGAUAUGAAUGCCUCUUCAGGAUCGAUGACAUCGGCAGAGGCAGCGGGUGCUCCUCCACUUGAAGAUGCGUCAAAUUGGAUGUUACGCUCCCUCGAUCGACCUUUUGAGACAUGGCAAUCAACCGCCCUUUUUGUCGUCCUUAUUGCUGCAUUUGCCGGUGUCACCAUCUUUCUGGGAAUUCGGUAUAUCGAAGCCCUCAGAUUCAACCAGCGCGAAUGCUGUGACGCUUUGUUGAGUCUCGAACCGCACCGGCCAAGAAAUGACGGGCAAGAUGAUGGAAUUUAUUGGGGUGACGAAAGCUGGGGAACAGGGAAUACCCAGAUGCCUGCUGAGCAGGAAACCGACAUCCGACGCCGCACCAGGCCUCGAGAUAUUCAACUCAAUAUUAUCGAAAUUGGCGAGGUCCGAGAGGGCAAGAUCGCACAAAGACGAGCCUCAAAUCCCAGGAACGUUGCAAAUCUAGAAAUUCUGUCUGCAACCUGA